AUGUCCUGGACAGGGCAUCCCAUUGACGUCUCGAAUAUCCUCAUCGCUAGGAUACUCGGGCUCCUCGGCGUUUCGGUAUGGUCGGGGCACGGUGUGGAGGAUGUGUCUCGUGCGGCGGCUGGGAGUCUCAUCCGCGUCAUCAGCAGUGAGCUCACAACUGGGAUCGCUACGGUGACGUACCUGCAGCACUCGGACCCGACGGUACCGUAUUAUGUAGGCCAGUGGACGUUCCUCCGCGACAAACUCUCUGAUGCGACGGAAGUGAUCAAGCCCGUCCUCGGGGGCUACUACGACUCGACGGCACUGUGGCGGAGCUUCAUGCAGUGCAAGAUUAUCGAGAGCACGGGCGACGUCGUGUUCCUCAAGGACGUGCGGCACGAGGCCGUGCGGGAGUGCCCCUUAGCGUCGCCCGUCGCGGAAACCCGUUCCACUUAG